UAAAACAAAAGCAGCUUGCGGGGUAGCCAGCAGUCAGUCUGUGGUAGGCCGCGCAAACUGCCGAGGACUGCUCACAAGAUGAUCCCCACACUCAACAUGGACAACGAAACCCAAAAUUUUAACACCUACGGUGCCUACUUUGCGCCUUUAAGAUCGGUCGACGGCACAAAAAUGUUAGUUGAAGGCCUAGAAGGCGAGGACCUGGCGGCUAUACCAGAGCACUGGAUGUCGUACACGGCACCCCCCGCCAGCGCACACACAGCUCUCGCACUACUUUACUGCUUUUUUACCGCCGCGGCCUUGAUCGGAAAUGGACUCGUCAUAUUUAUAUUUGCUACGACAAAAUGUCUAAGGACGUCAAGCAACCUCCUAAUCCUAAACUUAGCAAUAUUGGAUUUUAUAAUGAUGGCGAAAGCUCCAAUUUUCAUCUACAACAGCGCCAACCGAGGUUUCGCCACGGGCGUUCUCGGCUGCCAGAUAUUUGCCGUCAUGGGCUCAUAUAGCGGCAUUGGUGCUGGUAUGACUAACGCUUGCAUUGCUUAUGACAGACAUUCGACGAUAACACGGCCACUAGACGGGCGGCUGUCGCGUGGUAAAGCUUUGCUGAUGAUAGCUUGUAUAUGGAUUUAUGCUACGCCUUGGUCCUUACUACCACUGUUCCAAAUUUGGGGUCGGUUUGUACCAGAGGGUUACUUAACAUCCUGCACCUUCGACUACCUUACAAACACAUUUGACACCAAAUUGUUUGUAGCGUGUAUAUUCGUCUGCAGCUAUGUUUUCCCUAUGUCCUUCAUACUAUAUUUCUACAGCGGCAUUGUCAAACAAGUAUUUGCGCAUGAAGCAGCAUUGAGAGAACAAGCAAAAAAAAUGAACGUAGAAUCUCUACGAUCAAAUCAAAACGCGUCAGCAGAGUCGGCUGAAAUUAGAAUAGCGAAGGCGGCACUUACGGUGUGUUUCCUCUACGUAGCUUCAUGGACGCCCUACGGCGUUAUGUCGCUGAUAGGGGCUUUCGGCGACCAGGCCUUACUGACACCGGGUGUAACAAUGAUUCCCGCGGUUACGUGCAAGGCUGUAGCCUGCAUCGACCCGUGGGUUUACGCAAUCAGCCAUCCUAAGUAUAGACAAGAACUUCAGAAACGUAUGCCCUGGCUCCAAAUCAAUGAGCCAGAUGACAAUGCUUCUACAGGAACUACUAAUACGGCCAAUUCUUCGGCUCCCACCGCGUAAUCCUAACCGGCUAUGAAGACAGAACUUGGCGAACCAAUGGACUAGGUGUUUCACGAUAAUAUGACUAAAGCUCGAAGCAACUUAAAAAAAUACAAAAAAAAAUGACACAGAAGUAACUUUUUUACUGUAUAUUUAACUAUAAUUAAGCUCAAAAUGAGAAAACAAUUGUUUACCUACUGACGAAAAUGGCUACGCUAACGGAUUUUGAAAUAAAAUAUUAUUACAAUGUUGUAAUUAGUAAGUAGUAACUACAUAUAACUGAAACAAGCAAGAUUAAAUAAAGAAAAUCUCGUGAA